CCACCGGCCUUUGGCGUCUGUGCAUAGAUUUUUUCGAUUUGAAUCAAGCGUGCCCGAAAGAUAGCUACCCCAUUCCACACAUUGAUUAUUUGGUAGAUGCUACAUCGAGACAUCAACUUAUGAGUUUCUUGGAUGCCUAUUCCGGCUAUAACCAAAUUCCCAUGCACCUUGAUGAUGCUGAACACACCUCGUUCUACUCAGCUCGAGGCCUUUAUUGCUAUGUCAUGAUGACUUUCGGAUUGAAGAAUGCUGGGGCCACGUAUCAAAGGUUGGUCAAUAAGAUGUUUGCUCGUUUGAUCGGCCACACGAUGGAAGUUUAUGUGGACGACAUGUUAGUGAAAUCAGAACAGGCCUCUGAUCACAUCGCCCAUCUUUUCGAGGUCUUUGAUAUUCUCCGAGAAUAUUCUAUGGUGCUUAACCCCAAGAAGUGUACUUUCGGAGUUGGAUCAGGGAAGUUUUUAGGAUAUAUGGUGAGUCAGAGAGGGAUCGAGGCCAAUCCCGCCAAGAUUCAAGCCAUACUUGGCCUGGCUCCCCCGACAUCUAUCAAGGGUGUCCAAGCUUUAACUGGUCGACUGGCAGCUCUCAUCGAUUCAUUUCAAAGUCUACAAAUCAUUGCAAGCCGUUCUUUGACGCUAUCAAAAAAAAGAAACCGUUCGAAUGGACCAUGGAAUGUCAGAAUGCUUUUGACAACAUCAAAGAAGUUCUCUCACGGUUACCGACAUUGCAGAAGCCACUUCCUGAUGAGCCUCUAUCUUUGUACCUUG